CCAAUGGGAGCAGAGCUGGGUCGGGUUUUGCCGGGGCUGGGUAAACAGGCUCGCUGAACUCGGAGUGGUGCGGAGCCGGGUGCUGUAGAUGCGGCUGGGGGAGAGCGCUGCGCUGGGCCGGCACUGUUUGUCUGAGGAUCUCCAAGCACUCCUUGAGCAUCUGGCUUCACAUCUCCCCUGUAAGGAGGGCACUGUAUGAGAGACUGAUGAUGAUCAUGUUCAUGAACAGCUCCGACAGUGAAGAGGAAGCCUGUAAUGAGAGAACAUCACUGAUAUCAGCGGAGAGCCCCCUUGCAGCCUCCUACCAGGAUGGCCUGCAAGCACCAGAAGCAGCAGAAACACAGACCUACAGGAAGAGGCGUACUGGUGGCAGUUGUAGCCCUAGUGAUGCUGACGGUGGUAAUUCUGACUCAGGAAUUCCAGUAAGAGACAUUGCUGUGGACAAUAAGGAGGAGGAACUGACCCUGAAAUAUGGAGCAAAGCAUGUGAUCAUGCUUUUUGUGCCUGUCACGCUGUGUAUGAUUGUUGUCGUUGCCACCAUAAAGUCAGUGCGCUUCUACACAGAGAAAAAUGGGCAGUUGAUCUACACCCCUUUUAGUGAAGAUACACCUUCCGUGGGCCAGCGUCUCCUGAACUCCGUGCUGAAUACCAUUAUAAUGAUCAGUGUUAUCAUCGUGAUGACUGUGUUCCUGGUUGUGCUGUAUAAAUAUCGUUGUUACAAGUUUAUCCAUGGCUGGCUGAUUCUUUCAUCACUGAUGCUGCUGUUCCUUUUCACUUACAUCUAUCUAGGCGAAGUGCUGAAGACUUACAACGUGGCUAUGGAUUACCUCACCUUGUUCUUUGUCAUCUGGAAUUUUGGAGCAGUUGGGAUGAUUUGUAUCCACUGGAAGGGUCCCUUGCACCUCCAGCAGGCCUAUCUCAUUAUGAUCAGUGCGCUGAUGGCAUUGGUUUUCAUUAAAUAUCUGCCCGAAUGGUCAGCGUGGGUCAUUCUAGGAGCCAUUUCCAUUUAUGAUCUGAUCGCUGUGCUGUGUCCCAGAGGACCAUUGAGAAUGCUGGUAGAAACUGCACAGGAGAGAAAUGAACCUAUAUUUCCUGCAUUAAUAUAUUCUUCUGCUAUGGUGUGGACAGUAGGAAUGGCAAAGCAAGAUGCAGCAUCAAGGAGCCUUACUCAGCAGACAUGGGAUUCAGCUGAAGACGUGAGAGAGAUCCAUGACAAUUCUGCAUAUGUGGAAUCCGAAAUCUCUGAGGCCAGGAGUCCAGCACCAACCCAUCCAACCACUUCCUUAUUAGAGGAUCUGGAAGAGGAGGAAAGAGGUGUCAAGCUGGGCCUUGGAGACUUCAUAUUUUACAGUGUGCUUGUAGGGAAAGCAGCUGCCACUGCUAGCGGAGACUGGAAUACAACACUGGCCUGUUUUGUAGCCAUUCUUAUAGGUUUAUGCCUGACUCUCUUAUUGUUGGCUGUGUUCAAGAAAGCAUUGCCUGCUCUUCCCAUCUCCAUCACCUUUGGUUUGAUAUUUUACUUCUCAACAGACAAUCUGGUGCGACCUUUCAUGGACACCCUUGCAUCCCACCAGUUGUAUAUUUAAAGGUGAAGAAGGCAGAUGAGUAAGAUUGUUGUUUUGUUUUGUUUUUUAAAGCCUUGCUGUGAAGUAUGGCAUUUUAAAUGAGGAAGUUGUAUAGUUUUACACUUAGUGUCAUAUAUUUUUAAGAACUUUUUACAACUAUCAUGGGAUACUUAAUAAAAUCUACUAGCUAACAUCCAGAGCUUUUUCAAGCGAGGUAGGCACCCAACUACUAUUGAAAUUCACAGGAAGUUGAGUACCUAACUUACUUGGGCUCCUUGAAAACCCAGCUUUGGCAUUGGUGCCUAAGCAGUACCUGAAUGCACUUGAUCGAAAUGUCACCU